AUGAGUACCACUGUAAUACCAUUGAAAAUGCGUUUGUUGCACAGAUGCGAAAUUGCAUUUGGUCAAAAAAUGCAAUUGAGUGAUUGUUUAAAUAACUUAGCAACACUGGUAGCAUUUGAGAAGCAAGGAAUUCAACAAUGCUCGGCCAAUCUUUCCUUACCACAAUAUAUCCAUAAUAGUGGUUAUGACAAUACUUGCGGCAAGGUGGAAAGGCAAAUUAAUCAAUUCGCAAUGCCAUUGCUACAGUUAUUAUGUUUGUCCGGAAAUAUUCUAAAUUUACUCAUUUAUCGAUUACCUUAUUUUCAAGGUAGCACAUCGGUUCAUUUCCUUAAAGUCAAAGCUUAUGCCAAUUUAGUGUUUGUUGAAUUUAGAAUUUUUGAGGUGAUACAUGCAUGGAAUCUAAAUGCAGAUCCCUCAUUUGAAACGUUUUAUUGGUACACAAAACCAUUUGUCAUUACAAUUGCUAGCAUAAGUGGUACAGUAUCUACAUGGAUGACAUUAGUGAUAACAGUUGAAACGGUGCUCUGUGUAUUACUACCAUUUCAUUUCCGUCAAAUUUGCACAAAACGAAUAAGUUUGAUAAUAUUAUUUGGCUUCGUUCUGUGCAGCAUUUUCUUGCAUAUACCAUUUAUAUUUAUUCAAACAGUUAUUAGUAGCCCUAUAUUGAAGGAAUUGGAAAAUCAACAACAUAACAGGGAACCAUUUUAUAAGUAUAUACAAAAAACAUAUUAUUGGUUACAAAUAACACUUUCAAUUCUUAUUCCAAAUAUCGCUAUGCUUGCAUGUUCCAUAUUAAUCGUCAUGCAAUUUAGUUUCAAGAAUCACGGCGAAUCAUUUAGUCAACGUCGAAAAUGCGUGAUUAGAAUGACCGUUGCUACAACAUUAUCACAUCUUUUAUUGGAAGGACCAGCACUGUUAACAUUUGCUGCUGUUGCAAGGAAAGGUGCAGAUAGUUCGGAUCAUGACAAUAAUAUUUGUAUAUUAGCACAUGGAAAUAAUUUGCUGUCAGUAAUUAAUGCUGCAACGCCAUUCUUCGUAUUCCUUGCAUUUAAUGAGCAAUUCCGUCGUAUGUCAUUGGUAUUUAUACAAGUUCAUUUUGUACCUCAAAGAUUUAUGAAAAAAGUAUCCGUACCGCCAAAUAAGUUACAAGGUAUUAGUUCGUCCGUAAAACUAAUCAAUGAAGUCAGUUCAUUUCCAUGCAACUAUACACAUUUGUAA